CUGCUUUGAAGGCCUCCUGCAGGCGGUGCUCCAUCUCUAUGGGACCGAGGGCGGCGGAGGCGGCUGUGCGGGCAGGGCCGGAGGGGGCUUGCGAUGCCCCUGGGCGAGUACGCCUUCCUCAGGGCCGCCGGGAAGGGCAGCUACGGCGAAGUCAGCCUCGUCAGGCACCGCAGGGACCACAAGCAGUAUGUUAUCAAAAAGCUGAAUCUUAAACAUGCAUCAAGGCGUGAGAGAAAAGCAGCAGAACAAGAGGCCCAGUUGCUAUCUCAGCUGAAGCAUCCUAAUAUAGUCACUUACAGAGAGUCCUGGGAAGGUGAAGAUGGUUUCUUGUACAUUGUCAUGGGCUUCUGUGAAGGAGGAGACCUGUAUCACAAGCUGAAAGAACAAAAGGGACAACUUUUGCCAGAAAGUCAAGUGGUGGAGUGGUUUGUUCAGAUUGCUAUGGCAUUGCAGUAUUUGCAUGAAAAGCAUAUUCUGCACAGAGAUCUCAAAACCCAGAAUGUUUUCCUGACACGUUCAAAUAUUAUCAAAGUGGGCGAUCUGGGAAUAGCUAGAGUACUGGAAAAUCAGUAUGACAUGGCUAGUACUCUAAUUGGCACUCCUUACUAUAUGAGCCCCGAGUUGUUCUCUAACAAGCCUUACAAUUACAAGUCUGAUGUUUGGGCCUUGGGCUGCUGUGCCUAUGAACUGGUCACGUUGAAGCAUGCUUUCAAUGCUAAAGACAUGAAUUCCUUAGUUUAUCGAAUUAUUGAAGGGAAGCUUCCCCCAAUGCCGAAAGAUUACAGCAUUCAGUUGAAAGAACUCAUAAGAACGAUGCUUAGUAAAAAGCCAGAAGAGAGACCCAGUGUGAGAAGCAUAUUGAGGCAACCAUACAUUAAGCAUCAGAUUUCUCUGUUUUUGGAAGUUACAAAGGCGAAAACAUCAAAAAAUAAUAAGAAAACAUCUCAACAGAAUCCCCAGAGUUCGGCAGUGAAAGGUGAAUUGCCAACUGGAAAUAAAAUAGCCAAGAAGCUUCCCAGUGAUCCUUCCAGAAAAUCUAAAGAGAAUGAAGAGAAACGUGUAAUCAAUAAUAAAACCUUUGAAGUUUUUUCUUCAGAAAAACUGGCUCCUGAAUCUGAAAAAAAUGGAAGCAAGAAUGGUUUGGACAAUACAAAUGUAUCUAUGGCAACCAUGAGCAAAGUGGACAUAAUUAUAAUUCCAGUGGAAAAGAAGAACUAUAAAAGCGAACAUUCAGUGGAGGAUAAAGAAUCCAGCCAUUCAAAUUCUUCUGCUAAACCAGAGUGUGAAACUGCAAAAACUGAUCCACUCUCAAAGGAAGAACGGUUGCAGAAGGACAGAAAGCCAUGUCUUACAGUGGAAAAAGUAGACAAUAAAGAAAUGGUGGAUGUUGCCACAAACGAGGAUGUGAAAUUUCCGUACCCUGUUUCCGAAGCCCAAAACAAUGAAGGGCCCUGUGAAAAUCCAGACAAAGCUCAAGAUAUAAUUCAGAAGGAAAGCACUCCUUGUUUUCAACCUCAAGGAUCAAUUCAUGAACCUUCCCUGUCUCGGCAGCAAUGGCAGAAAAAAAGAGAGCAGUUUGAGGCCUGUUCAGUUAAUAAUCCUCGAAGGCUGCAAUCUCCUCCUAGGGUGAAUGCAAAGACAAGAGAAGACCACACAGACAAGCAGAGUGCUCCAGUUGCAAGGCCUAUAAGUAGAUCUAAAAGCAUUGAUGGAGCAGUUGCUAAGGAGCGUCCAUUAUCCGCACGGGAGAGGAGGAGGCUAAAGCAAUCCCAAGAAGACAAACUUCCUUCAGGUCUUCCUAUCAGACAAGAAUCUCACAGUAUAUCAAUAGAAACAAAAUAUUCACAGGAAGAUUGUCAUGAUCAAAUGGCUCAGCUUCCUUUAGAAUCCAAGGUAUACAAAACGGUGUGUUUGAAACAUAUGAAGAAAAAGACCUUGUCUAAAUGCUCUACUGAGGAUGAAUUAAACUCUUCUACCAGCUCUACAGAGAGAUCUGAUGGAGAUUGUAAAGAAGGAAAAACAAAUGAGAUGAAUGACUUAGUACAACUGAUGACACAAACACUGAAAAUGGCUAAUAAAGAAAAUGGUUCACAAUCAAUACCGGAAUCACAAUUUAGGGUUAAUAGAAAGUACCGGGACACCUUGAUUUUACAUGGAAAAGCAUCAGAAGAACCAGAUGAUUUUCCAUUUCAGGAACUUCCUUCAGAUGUUCUGUCUGGACCUGAAAAAAUUAGGAGACUGGUUGAAAUUCUGAGAGCAGAUGUAGUUCAAGGACUUGGAGUGACAUUGCUAGAGAAGGUGUUUGAUGUCCUGGAGGAAGAUGAUGAACAUAAGAGAGAGCUAAAUCUGCGGGAGAUCAUGGGAAACAAGUACCCUUCUUACAGCAUGAAGGCCCGUCAUUUAAAGUUCUUGGAAGAAAAUGUGAAGCUUUAACAAAUACCUCAUUAGAUUCACUCCUUGAAGGAAAGAAGAAAACUUUUUUCCUUUUUUGUAGCUGACUUGACUGUUUAUAGACAUUAAUGUGUGGGAUAGUUUUUGCUGUACAGUUUUUUUUAAAAAAAUGUAGAUGUUAUUUUGUUUAUAAAUGACAAUGUAUAUGUUAAAAUUAUAUUUGGGUUUUUAAAUACAAGUUAUAGAUAGCAUUUCUGUAAUUGUUUCAUUUUCUUCAUCUUACAUUUUCUUUAAAUCUCAAACCUUUAUUAAGGUUGCAGUCCUGCACACACUCACAAACAACUUAUUACUACUACUGUCAUGAAAUUGAGUUUAACACAAAAACCUAACUCCUGGAGCUGCCAUCAUUUCUGUGCAUUAUUCUAAUGAUUUUUUUUAAAAGAUAGGCCUAUUCUGGUUUUCAUGUUUAAUAAAGAAUGCCUUUUUAAGUAAUACUUUAAAAAUUGUGAUAGGAAGGCAGUACACCUAGUGUAUACAGCAUAAUAAGUGCUAUUAAUACUCUGCAGCUUUUUAUAGGCUUUAUUGAGGCUGUAAUAAGAUAUACUUUAAUUUCUUGUAGGAAUACACAAGAUCUUCAGCUGCUUAUAACCAUAGUAGAGUUAAAUUGUUGUAGACUUUUUAACGAUAUUGCUUGAUUUUUCCUGUUUGCGUGAGAUUUUCAGAGGAAAUACUUUGUCCUUUAUAGCCAAUACAGCAAAACUGUUCAUGUGUAUUACAUUCUCAUUCUUAAACGGACAAGGUCCAGAAUUUAAUCCCUCAGAUAGCAAUGGUACUCUUGCUAGGUUUACAUUUUGUAACUUGUUCUGUACAGAUCCAAUUUCUGAAUACUGUUAGAAAACCAAAUAAAAAGCCAAAUAAAACCAAACCAUAGAAAACCAAAUAAAAGAACAGAAGCAAUGCAGUUUAGAUCAAAUUUAAUGGCAGAAAAUGAUACAUGAUAGGCCAGUUUUCAGUUUUUAGGGUGUCUUUUUACUUUUCUGUCUGCUGGCUUCUUCUCAUCUGUUGCCACUUCCUGAACAGGGAGCCACUUCAGAGGAUUGCGACGGUAAAUGGGCCACGGAGGGAGUGUGAGCUGUAAAAGAUUUCCAAGACAAUUCAGAAUUGUUCCAUGAUAAGAGUUUUGUAAAGAAUACAGUUUUGGCAGAACAUCAACAUUAACAAUUCAUGCAAACCAAUUAAAACUAGACAGAGUUUUCAGUGUUUAUACUACAAUUAUUGCAAAUAUGUACAGAGUAAGAUAAUGACAAGUAGAGAACUCUAAAAGAAGACGAAGAUAGAAUAUAAAGGCAGAAGAUAGAGGUUCAAAUACGAAUGGUGACACUUUGGCAAUGUGCCUUUCUAUUAUCCUCUUUUUGUAGGAUGUGUUGUCUGCACAGAACUCAUUGUUUGGUGGAACACAGAAGCUGAAAUAAUUAAAGAGUCAAAUGUUAAAAUGGUCUAGAAAUGUGGGUAGAUCAAUUAAUUUAGACGAAUGGGAAAAUAUUUGGAACAUAAAAAUCAAGUAUUGUUACUCUACAGAUUUAAAGGAAAACUGGAUAAAGUUAAUUCAUAGAUGGUAUUUAACCCCUAAAAAGCUCAGCCUCAUGUAUAAGACCAAAAAUAAUAAAUGUUGGCGGUGUAAUGACCAGGUAGGAUCAUAUUUCCACAUGUGGUGGAAUUGUAAAGAAAUCAAAAAUUAUUAGAAAUUAAUCCACAUGGAAUGUAAAAAAAAUAAUAAAAUUUGAAUUUGACUGCAAA